AUGUCCGGCCACCAUCACACAAACGACCCCAACCUGACGCAGAACCAGGGCAACAUGCUCGGCGAUCGUCCGUGCGUGCGACAGAGCCGCCUGUACCGCGAGGGCUGCAGCGGCAACGCGAUGAAGGAAAUACUCGGCCAGUCGGAGCUGUCGUGGAAAACGGACCAGACGGAGGGCUGCUACGGUGGUGGCCAUGUGUAUGACCACAACACGGACGAUCACCGUGCGGUGCCUACCCAACAACGGCAGCAACAGCCUCCUCCUCAGCAACCGCAGCAGCAGACUGUGUCAGCCAGCACUGGCCGUGGCCUUCGCCCCGGCGCCGGCUACGCCAACCGCCAGACCUACAACAUCUUCAGUGGAGAGUAA